AGGCUUUUGAGUAUUUCAGUUAGUGGCAGUAGACAGACAUAUUUAAUCCUUUUUGGAAAUAAUUUCAUAAUAAUUCUAAAAAAACUAAUUGAUUCUCCUCUACAAACAGAAUGACGAUUCUACCAGCUAUCCGAAAGGCAUCAGCAAGUUCCGAAGAAAAUAACGAUACGACACAGCAGAAUGCUCCUACAGAGAGAACAAAUAGAAGAAGUGAUAUUAGUACUAUCCAGAUACAGAAUCUUUCAGAUAACACUACAAGUACAAGGAGGUCCCCAUACAAAAAUGAAAGAAAGGAGCGUUUCCAUAAACGCUACAAAGAAUCAGAAAGACCAAGAGAUAGAGAAAGUGUACGGGAGCAAAAGAGAGAAGUCAGGAGGGAACAAAAGAGAGAGCGCAUUACACUAAAGCGUGAUAUAUUGCCGGAACCCUUGCAUGAACCCAAUACUCCUUCACCUGUGGACGCUUCUCCUGUAGAAACUCCUUGCAAUAACAAUGAGAUUGAAAUUAAAGAAGACUGCACUGGAUUCAAUAGCGAAGACGAAUAUGAUGAAAGCUUUUUUAAAGGAAAGCUUCACCUUACAGAUGAGGAAUGGGCUAAGAGGGAUGCCAUCUUUGCAAGGUGCAUGUCGAGUUUAGGGUAUGAAAUAAAAAAUAUGAAUGAAGAUGGGGCUUGUUUAUUUCGCUCAAUUGCUGACCAAGUUUUUGGAGAUCAAGAAUUCCACUUUCAAGUCAGACAAGAUUGUAUGAACUACAUCGUACAAAACCGAGACUACUUUGAACCUUAUGUUACUGAAGAUUUUGAGAAGUAUGUUGCUCGAAAACGUACUUGGCAUGUACACGGAAACCAUCUGGAGAUACAGGCUAUGAGUGAACUAUACAACAGAACAAUAGAAGUCUAUUGUUAUCAAUUAGAGCCCAUUAAUAUUUUCAAUGGCUCCAGGAGUACUAACUACGAACCUAUAAGGCUGUCAUAUCAUAGAAUGUGCCACUACAACUCAAUCAGCAAUCCAAAUAGCCCUUCAGUUGGUGUAGGUUUAGGCCUUCCUAACUAUAAACCAGUUGAUAUUGACAGAAGAAGAUUUAAUGAUGCUGUGAGAGCCAGUGAAGAACUACUUAUUGAACAGACUAUGUUGGAGGACAAGAUCAAGGCUACAGACUGGGAGGCUACAAAUGAGGCUAUAGAGGAACAGGUUGCUAGAGAAUCAUACAUUCAAUAUUUUCGGGAUACCGAACGGCGUUUGAAGGCAACAGGAAAUGUUCAAGCUAGUGCCAGUAGCUCUACAAUUACAUCAUCCAUGGUUUCUAGCCCUAGGAGCUCUAGAAGAGGUUCUGUGUCCCCCAAAGGUGGGCAAUCUCCGGGUUCUCCCAGGAGUAACAUAUCGCCUUUAGCGAGCCCUAGGCCAAAUUCUGGCAGUAUGUCAUUCAUUCCCGAUUUCAACAGUAUUGAAAAUUUAACUUCGACAUAUAUUCCCACAGUAGAAGAACAUAGUCUUGCAAAUAGAUUAUACAAUUCACCAAGAAGUACAGAUUCGACUGAAAAUAGUUUUGGAGUAGAAAACAUAUCUCCAGAUUUCACAGCAGUUGCUGGUCCAUCUACUGAUAGUAACAAUAUAGGUUAUGACGAUGUGGAUCAGGAAAUCAUGGCCCGAGUGCUGGCAGAGUCUCAGCAAAGUUACCUGGCCGAACUAAAGCAGAAAUCCAAGAAGAGGUUCGGUUCACCAGAACCGUCCACUUCAACUUAGUAGAUAAAUUGAGCUGGGUGUUGCUUCAAAAAAGUAGUUUAUAUCUAUUUCGAAUUAAUUUUUUUAUUUACAAAUAUUUAUGUGUAUAUGUAUAUUUUUCCAUUAAUUGUGGGGUUAUCUGUGAACUGUUUUACUUAAAUCUCUUUAACGCUAACGUGUAUUUUAAUUCUAGUUAAUAGAAGAGUGGUUUAAGAAAAGCAGUGUAAGUGAUAUAUUUUUUCACAGAUUACUUAAUUUUAGUCAAUAUUGAAUUUUUUCUGUAAAUUUGAGAAUUAUUGUAUAAUUUUGUUAAUUUAUCAACUAAUUCCUUUUAGUUGUUUGCAAUAAGGACUAAUAAUUAUGUGUACUUAUGUUUAAUGUAAAACCGACAAAACAAUUACUCCUACCAUUCUCAUGCGCAUUGCUUUAGCGCAUGAGCAUGGCAGAAGUAAAGGAUGUUAUAGUACUAUGGACAGCAACUUCUUAAUGUAUCCAUUUGUUAUUUGUAAUUUAAAACCAGGAUCCAAUUUUUAAUGUAUACAUUAAUAACUUGAUAGAGUUUGUUCCAAACUGACACAACAAAAACCUUUAUCAUCGCAUGCGCAUGAGAAUGGCAGAAGCAAAGGCAUUUACUGAUGUUAUAGUACUAUGGUCAGCAAUUUCUUAAUGUACCCAUUUAUCUUUAAAAUAAUGUUCUAAUUUUUAAUGUAUACAUUAGUACCUUCAUAGAUUUCAUAUGUUCUGUACUUUAUUUCACGUAAAGAAUAGGACGUUACGCUUAUGGACAUCAGUGUUGCCAAACCUCUCGGGCACAGGUCGCUACUCGACUGCCGAUAUACGAUUGAUUCUAAUCAGUACGGCGUGGCAUCGGCGCGCUUCUUCGUCCAUAAGAAAUGCAUGGGGCUAUCUCCGCAAUGUUCUAUUCUUAACGUGAAACGCUCUAUAGGUGUAUUUUUCCAAUAUAUUUUUCCAAGUUGGAAAAUGUAAUAAACUGACAAAACAGCACUCUUGACGAAUAUAAUAAAUUAAUGACAACGAAAUCGAUAGAAUACUAAUAUAUUUUUGAAGAGCAUAAUAGAACAUUUAACAGAUAAAUAAACUUUCCUAGAGAAUAUAUCAGUUUGAGCUGCUACGUGAUAGAUCUCAUAUGAUUUUUUUGUACAUUCUUUGAAGGGUCGAGAAAGAUAAUAUGUAUGAUCAUUUUGUUUCAUCAUUCUUUCAACCAGUCUUUAAAUUCAUUAAAUUAACUCCCGAUGCUAUUCUUUUCUGUUUCUAUCCUCAUAAAGAAAUAUUCUCGUUUUGUCGUUUCAGCUAUCUUUUUUUAGUUAUUAUGUAUUGUACUCUAUAUAUUUAUUUGUUUAGUCAUGUUCCAGAUCUUCAGGCCUUCUGUUGGAUGAAGAUGUUUGAAUAUUAGCUUAGUCUAAGUCAGAAAACGUACGAUUUUGGUAGUUUAUUGUUUACUGUUUCUCAUCUGUUUACUCAUUUACUGUUCAACGUAGCCUUCUUUUCUUUUAACUUUUCCACAAAAUAUUGUGAAUUUCAGCUAUGACAUCAUCUUUCGCGGGGGUUUUUAGAGGAAAUAGUCACAUAGAGCUAAUUCUGGCCAAUACGAUGGGCGGUUGAUCAAUUCUUACCCCAAAAAUCGCAUCCUUUGUCUAUAACGUUUAGAAAUGGAUCCAUAUAUCAUCAACACAGUAAAAUUGGUGUCAGUUUGGCUGUUGUAAUUUUUUGUGUUAAAAGUUCUGAAAGGCGUUUUGAGUUGGAUAACAGAUGUCAAAAACAAGAUAAAUUCGUUCCUAUAUCAUUUAUCACAGACUAGAUUAUUGUCAAACCUUUCUCGAUUAUAUUAUUUUCGUCCAAAAUCUUAUACAGGGUGUUUCAUUGGGAAACGGAAAUACUUGAAUGGUGAAUAGAGGUCACUGAGGUGGUUCUAGGUAUACCACCUUUAUUGCCCCACCGAUUUUUAUAGCCGAGUUACAGGGUGUUUUAUCGAUUUUGCCCAUUUCUUUCUGAACUCAACUUUAGAACCACCCUGUAUAUUUUUUUGAUACUUGGUACACAUAUGUCUCAUUUACAACCCAAAAGAUUCAACUACUAAUCACAAAAAAACUUCAGGUCCGGACUAAAAAAAAUUUAAAAAUCAUUGUGACCUUGAAACAACACCCUGUAUAUUGAAAUUUUCAAAAUCCGUUUGCAUAUUUGAAACGAGCACAAAAAAAUUAGUCUAAUGGUUCGCUUAAAUUUUUCGGCCAGACAAUUUAAUGACUUUAAUUUUGAAAUUAUAUUCAAGUUUUUAAGAACUCUUAGAUUAAAAAGGAGGUAUUAUUAACUAAGAAUAAAUUAUUAAACUUAAUGAACAAAUAGGUACUCAUUUUAAAAAUAAUCAAUACUUAAAUACUACAUUAAAACGACUCAUUUUCUAAGCAUAAGAAAAACCCAGGUCCGGAUUAACAAAAAAACAUAAAGUAAUUAUGACCUUGAAACAACACCCUGUAUAUUGAAAUUUUCAAAAUUCGUUUGCACAUUUGAAAAGUGCACAACAACUGAGUAUAGGUUGGUUUUAAUCUUUUACGCAGAAAAUUUAAUAACUAAUAAUUUUAAAAUUAAAUCUAUUUAAAAUAUUUUAGAACUCUGAAAUUAAAUAGAAGGUAUUAGUAAGUUUUAAUAAUAAAUUAAUAAGGUUAAUGACUAAAUACCUAUUUUAAAAAUAAUCAGUAUUUAUUUACUACAUUGGAACGACCCACAUACUAAUCACAAUAAAAAUCCAAGUCCGGAUUAACAAAAAAAUAUAAAGUAAUAGUGUCCUUGAAACAACACCCUGUAUAUCGAAAUUUUCAAAGUGCGUUUGAACAUUUGAAAAGAGCACAAAAAUCUACGCUUCCAAUUUUUGCGCAGACAAUUUAAUGACUUUAAUUUUGAAAUUAUAAACGCAAAUGGGUCGUUAUAAUGUAGUAAAUAAGUAUUGAUUAUUUUGAAAAUGAGUAUUUGUUCAUUAAGUUUAAUAAUUUAUUAUUAAAAGUUAAUAAUACCUGCUUUUUAAUCUAAGAGUUCUUAAAAACUGCAAUAUAAUUUCAAAAUUAAAGUCUGGCCGAAAAAUUUAAGAUAACCGUUAGACUUAGUUUUUUAUGCUCUUUUCAAAUAUGCAAACUGAUUUUGAAAAUUUCAAUAUACAGGGUAUUGUUUCAAGGUCACAAUGAAUUUAUAAUUUUUUUUUAGUCCGGACCUGGAUUUUUUUGAGAGCAGUAGUCGAAUGUUUUGGGUUGUAAAUGAGACAUAUGUGUACCAAAUAUCGAAAAAAUAUACAUGGUGGUUUUAAAGUUAUCUGUCCAGAAAGAAAUGGGCAGAAUCGAUAAAACACCCUGUAACUCGGCUAUUCACCAUUCAAGUAUUUCCGUUUCCCAAUAAAACACCAUGUAUAAUUCUUGGAAUUGAUUUAUGUAUUGUUGGGUUUAAACAGUCUGCGUUCUUAUAUCUUGUUGUCCCUUCGCUAUAUUCAGAUAGACAUAAUUAAACGUUUUAGUAGCUAAGAAGUUAAAGAAGAUCUGUUUAUCUGCUAUGUAUUCUAUUUUGUUUUCAGAUAUCUGAAUGUUAAACAUUUUUCUAUAUAAGGCUAUGAGUAAAAUAACGGAUACCCCAAUAUUGAUAAAAGUGAGAAAAAGAUUUGACACACAAAAUACAAAUUAUUGAAUGCCAAUAAUAUUGUUUAAAAACAUUUUUGGAUUCAAUCAAUUGAAGUAUAUUAAGAGUUGCUUAAAAUUAAUGAAUUAAUUAGUUCUAAAAUUUGAGAUAGACCCAAUUUUUUGUGUGGGUUGGUACUAGGAAAACAGAAUUGAUUUUUGGGGAUUACUCCGUUAUUACACCCAUAGCCUGAUUCUGUAUUAAUUACUAUCACCGUUGUAGAUUAUAUUCAUUCUUGGCUGGACUUUUGUACAUUUCGAAGGUUCUAUUGACAAUCGUAUUGGAAUGUUAUUUUUUAAUGUCUUUCAGCUUGUCCAUUUGUAUCUUUAAAUAUUUGUAUUUGUCUUAUAGCAUACCAGAAGUUCUUUAACCCUUUCACUGCUGCAUUUUUUUGGAAAACAUGCCCAGAAGCUCAGUUCCUACUGGCAAUGGAAGUGAGAAUGUGCAUGUGUCACAGAUACGUGUCACGCGCACUGUCUGAAGACUCGGCCUGGCACGCAUCCGUGUCAUGCGCAGUGAAAGGGUCUUUUAUCAGCUAUUAAUCUCGUGAUAUACACCAGUACACUGAACACUGAGUUCUGUUGACACUUUAUACUUACACAAUAUGUUUUAAAAACGGGCAAAUAUUUAUUUUAGGUAAUAAGGUGCAAACUAUAUUUCAUUGCAACACUGGGAUCUUACUGAUACUCCAAUCCACAAUCUGCACACUUUUAUUAACAAUACAGGGUGGAACAAAAAGACAGGCCAUAAAUUAAAUUACAUAUUCUUGGAGCAAAAAUAGUUCGAUUUAAACCUAACUUAGCUUAUUAGAAAUGUGCACAUAAAAAAAGUUACAACCUUUGGAAGUUACAAAAAGAAAAUCGAUUUUUUGCAAUAUAUCAAAAACUAUUGAAAAUGGACAUGUGGCAUUCCUAUGGCAGGAACAUCUUAAAAAAAUAACAGUUAAAUUUGUGCACCCCAUUAAAAUUUUAUGGAGGUGUUGUUCCCUAAAACCCCCCACAUUUUUGUGUGCGUUCCAAUUAAAUUAUUAUUGUUGUACCGUUAGUUUUUUUAAAAAAAAUUGCCUUAGUACUUUUUCGAUAAGCCAGAUUUUAUUGAGAUAUUUUGAACAUUUAUACCACCAAGUAUAAAUGGUUGAGUAAGAUUAUAGAAUAUUAUUUUCAUAAUAUUGUUACUAGGUCUCUAUAAUCUUACUUAACCAUUUAUAAAUAUGUGGUGGCUUUUACAAAUGUUCAAAAUAUCUGGCAAGUACUGGACUGGCAAGACAGAAAGAGCGGUCCGAACGAUUGAGUGAAGGAAUUCAGUGAAAACUGUGGAAAUCCUUAGUAUAUAUUGUCAUAAAUAAAUAAAGGCAGAGAGGAAGAAGAAAAUCUAAUUAUUUAAUUGUAUAAUUAUUUGUAUGCAUACAUUUUGUCAAUUUGUAUGCAUACAUUUUGUCAAUUUGUAUUACGUUAAAAUAGUUCAUUUUUAAAAUAUUUAAUUUGUUUAUUCACCCUGUAAAAUAGAAACCGAUUAAAAUUACCCAGUAUGGUAUUGUUAGUUAUAAUUUUCUUUUUUAAAUAAUGAUAAAAUAAUUCUAUGAUCUUUGGACAAAUGUUUACAAUUUUAUCAGUGCGGGUAGAUUUGAUAGAAAGUACUUCUAAGAACAAUUAGCCGGCGAAAGCGUGUAUACGAAAGACGUUUUGUUUUCGGAGUUAUGAGAAAUAUUUGGAAAAAGUCGAAAUUUUAGAUUUCCGAGAAAGUGUAAAAGUACUGACGACUGAGAAAUUUGGAGGCGUUGAUAUAUGACGUAGUAAGGACAUUUGUUUGGACCAAUGGAACUGAAGGGAUGUCAUUGAUGGAAGGGGAAUUUGAGCGAAGAGUUUUUUGGCAAGGAAAGAACUAGGGGUAGAUUCGAGAUAGCAGAAAAGGAGCAGCUGGUGUUGUGAAAAAAGUAAAAAGUGUCGGUCUUCGUUAAUCAAACCCUUAUAGGUACCCGUAAACAAAAAGUACUAAGUAAAUGUUUUUAAAGUCAAAAUUAAAGUCAGUGAAAGUGGCAGUUGUAACAAGGUAUUCUGAUCUCUAUAGUUUCUCUCUAUCAAUAUUCUCCGUUGCGACGAUUUCGGUUCUUUGGUUUCAUCGACGUAUACAUAAAGACUCCAGUGGAGUUUGCACAUAAACUUUUGCAUAAACAAUUUCGUAAUUUUUGAAAUUGAUUUUUGUUUACCAGUUAUAAAUUCAUUUUUGUAUCUAUACUGGGUAACUUUCUAUUUUAAAAUAAUUUGCGAUAUUUUUCAUAUUUGUUUACAUUUAUUUGCAUAAUCAUUUCAUAGACUGUUUUACAGUUUCUUCUAUUAUUAAAAUUUGUGUUUAAUUCUUUGGUACAAUCAAUUUUUUUAAUAUACGGCUAUAAUUUACUUUUGAAUUUUAUUUUUCCAUGAGUUUUUUCUGAGUAUCAGUUCUUUCAUUUCUGUGAUUGGAUGACGUAAAACCCUGAGAUAAUUUAUUAAUUUGAGCUAGCCCAAUAAAAGUUUUGUUACAUUAAUAAUUGAAAAUAAGCAUACGUAUAAUUUUUAAAUAUUACAUAAAGAAAAUAAGGAGAAUCAAAACAAUAUAUGUAUUACUAAAAGGCAAAUUUCUAAUAUUGUGUUUAACUGAUGGUACCACAAUAAUAAUUUAAUUGGAACGUACACAAAAAUUUGGGGGUUUAAAGCAACAAAACCCCCCAUAAAACUUUUAUGGGCUGCACAAAUUUCACUGUUAUUUUUUUUAAGAUGUUCCUGCCAUAAGAAUGCCACGUGUCCAUUAUCAAUAAAAAAUCUAUAACAGUUUUCGAUAUAUUGGAAAAAAUCGAUUUUCAUUUUAUAACUUCAAAGGGCUUUUUUAUGUGUACAUUUGUACCAAGGUAAGUUAGGUUCAAUCGAACUAUUUUUGGUCGCAGAAUAUGUGAUUUAAUUUAUGGCCAGUCUUUCUGUUACACUCUGUAUAUUCGUUCUCGAAUUUUCAUAGUUUCUUAGCACUUUUAGAGACGAACUUUUUGUAUAUUACUGAAUAUUUGCCUCUAAAAAUUUGAGAUUUUCUGGACCUUAAGAAAAUAAAUAUUUUCCCAAAGUCCCAGUGUUGGGAUCAAAUAACUAUUAUGUAAUUAAUUUUUCUUGCAAGAAUAAAGAUCACGAUAGAUAUAAUAUUUAUUAGCAUAUUUUAUUUACAUUUUUUUUAGAUAAUUUUAUUUAUAACUACAUACAACACCCAUAUAAUAAUUCAAAUCAUUUUGACUCUCUUAUUUAAACCUAAGGUGGAUACUCUAAAUACUACAUUAUAAGACACUUACGUUUUUUUUUCUAUAUAAUUACUAAAUGUAUGUGUUAAUAUGAGAGUAUUUAAAAGUACUAAAGUAUUUUAAUCAACGAUCUUUUAAGCAUGUCAAAAUCAUUGGGACAGCGUUCGCCAAACCAGGUGUAUAAAUUGGAAAGCUUUCUGACACCGUGUCACUCCAGUUGUCACUAAAUGGGGCAAUUUUCAAGCAAAGGAAAUUAUGUAUGUAUGUAUCUCACUGCACCCUAUUUGGCUAAUGUUGUAUAUAUAAUGAGAAUUCAGAGUAAUACAUUGCAAAUUUCAUUUUCAUGUAAAUUCACGUUUCAAUAUUUUUAUCUAAUUUUUAUUGGUCUAUGGUCUGUUUAGAAAUUAAAAAGUGCAAUUUUGUAAAGCUUGAGCAAUUAUUUAGCUUAAGAAACACCCGAAAAUGCGCAAUUUUUGGUUUACUUAGCCGCAAAAGUCAAGUGUUUCAAAAUGCCAAAAAAAUAAUAAUAAAUCUAAAGUUUUUACCUGAAAAGCCAAUAAAAAUAUGUAAUUGUCGUAGUCAUAACAAAGGACCCCGCAGAAACCUUAUAGGAAGUGGUUCUCUGUCAAAUGCUCCGAAACUUUGGGUUCUGGUAGUCCUUGAUGUGUAGAACAAAAGACUCAAUUGGCGCAUAGCUCCAAAAAAUCAUGGCUUUAAGAUAUAAACCUCUGAAGUUAUAAGUACAGUGAGGACGUUUGAGUUGGAUUAAAUUCAUUUUCUCGAGAAUGGGCGACUCUGGAGGUAAAUUACAAAUCAGGUCGAUUUUUAUUUUUAAAUUACAAUUUUUUGGCAUAUAUAUCAUACUAGUGACGUCAUCCGUCUGGACGUGAUGGCGCAAUCGAUGAUUUUUUUCAUAAGAAUAGGGGUUGUGCGAUAGCUCAUUUGAAAGGUUAUUCAAUUAUAUAUUCAAUAAUAUAAACAUUAACAUAAUUAUUUAUACAGGGUGCCCAAAAAUAUUUUUUGAAUUAAAUUAAUUGAGACGAAAAGAAGAAUGUAUAUCAUUUAUUUAAUUCGAAAUACAUUUUACUGUUGUCCGAAAACAGGAAAAAAGGUUUAUUUAAUAAAUAAAUAUUGUUUUUCGCUUAAAUUCAAUAUUAAAGCUGUCACCCAUCUGCCCUUUAGCAGUUUAAACAUUUAAUUUAAGCGAAAAGCAAUGUUUAUUUUUCAAAUUAACAUUUUUCUAUUUUCUGACAGCAGUAAAAUGUAUUUCGAAUUAAAUAAAUUAUAAACAUUCUUCUUUUUGUCUCACUUAAUUUAAGUCAAAAAAAAUUUGGGCACCCUGUAUAAAUAAUUAUGUUAAUGUUUAUAUUAGUAAAUAGAGAAUUAAAUAAGCUAUCACACGACCCCUUUCGCUUACUAAAUGUUCAAACUGCUAAGAAGCAGGUGGGUGGCAGCUUUAAUAUUGAAUUUAAGCGAAAAACAAUAUUUAUUUAUUAAAUAAACAUUUUUUCCUGGUUUCGGACAACAGUAAAAUGUAUUUCGAAUUAAAUAAAUUAUAUACAUUCUUCUUUUGUCACAAUUAAUUAAUUUAAUUCAAAAAAAAUUUUUGGGCACCUUGUAUAAAUAAUAUUGUUAAUGUUUAUAUUAUUGAAUAGAGAAUUUAAUAACCUUUCAAAUGAGCUAUCACACGACCCCUAUCUUAUUUAAAAAAAUCAUCGAUUGCGCCAUCACGCCCAGAUGGAUGACGUCACUAGUAUGAUAUACAGGGUGUCCCCGAAAAUAAUGCGUUCCUUUAAGGUAUGGAUAUAAUACACAAUGUAGAACAAAAAAGUCCUAUACCAUUUUUUUCUAAAGUAACCGUUUCCAAAAAAAAAAUACAUUGUUCGCCAUAUAAGCGAACUUUUAUUUUCAUAAAAUUUUCAAAUUUGGCAUCACUGUAACAAGAACUCUUAGUGAUUUAGGUUAUUGGCACCAGAAAAUGUUAGGUCAGACAGGUACACCUGGAAAAUAAUUAUACUACCGCAUGUUUGAAAAUAACAAAACAAGAAUUUGUUUGUUUGUUUAGGAUGAAGACAGGGUUUAAUGUAAAUACUAAAGGCUGAUGCUGCAACUAUUUUUGAAUUGUGAUUGUCUAUGUUUAGAUUUUUGUAUACAUAGUUGUCAGAUUUCAAAUUGCACACCAAAAUGUAUUUUGGUUUUUUGGACAAACGGUUGAAUUUAGAAAAAAAUGUUAUAAGACUUCUUUGCUCUACAUGGUACCUUCUACGUAUACCUUUAAGGAACGCACUAUUUUCGGGGACACCCUGUAUAUGCCAAAAAAUUAUAAUUUAAAAAUAAACAUGGACCUGAUUUGUAAUUUAUCUCCAGAGUUGCCCAUUCUCGAGAAAAUGAAUUUAUUCCAACUCAAACGUCCUCACUGUAGCUAUAACUUCAGAGGCUUAUAUCUUAAAAUCAUGAUUUUUUGGAGCUAUGCGCCAAUUGAGCCUUUUGUUCUACACAUCAAGAACUACCAGAACCCAAAGUUUCAGAGCAUUUGACAGAGAGCCAUUUCCCAUAAGGUUUCUGUGGUGUCCUUUAAGCAAAAAAUACUAUAUAUCAAGAAUGUACGAAGGUCAUUCAUAAAAGAUGAUUCUCUAUGCCGCUGAGAAAGAGUGCGACUUAUUGGGAGAAAUCUGGCAACGCUACCUUGCACAUCAACUCUCCACCACUUUCGCAUUGUUCAGUGUCGGCCUAGCCUAGCUGUCGGUCCCCGCUUUCUUUUCAUUUCCAUAGGAAGGUUUUUGCUUCUGGAGGUGGUAUUCUCAUAUUUAAACCGAAUGGUCAUGCUCAGAACAUGUUUGCACAUAUAUUCCUUCAUGAACAUUGGACAACGACAAGUAUCUUGCAUCUUUUUUCUUCGGGAAAGACACUUCCCUUUCACUAAAACACUGUAUCUUGUAAUCGUCAAAUUAGGUCCAUGUAUUUCCAGGUAUUUAGGAAUUUCCAUCCUUAAGUAACAUGUAAAGUUGAAGUAAAGGCGAAAAUACGACAAAUACACCAAGCAUCAAAAUUAACGCACCACAUUAAAAAUGUGACAUUUUUAAUGUCUCGUAUUUCCUAAACUUGUUGUCCGAUUUUAGUGAUUUUUUUAGUAUGUUAUAGCUUUAUUCUUCAACAAUAUCAUUGUAAUAAUAUUGUUGCUAAAGAGGUAAGUGUCAUUGUAUACCGGGUGUAACAAUGAUGUGUGUUUUUUCGUCAUUGAAAUUAAAACUCAAUUGUAGCCUUGGGCUUUCUUAACAUUUUGCUUUCUGGUUCAUUCGCUUAUGUUGGAUAAUAAAAAAGUUAAGAACUUUAACAACUAGCAACGUUCUUCAUCAAUACAGGGCGUUUCUAAAUAAAUGCGACAAACUUUACGGGAUAAUUCUGCUUGAAAAAUAAUGACCGUUUGAUUUAUAAACAUAUGUCCGCAAAUGCUUCGUUUUCGAGAUACGGAAACCGUUCCGUAUCUCGGAAACGAAGCAUUUGCGGACAUAUGUUCAUAAAUCGAACAGUCAUUAUUUUCCAUGCAAUAUUACCCCUUAAUGUUUGUCGCACUAAUUUAGAAACACCCUGUAUGGAUGAAGAACGUUGCUAGUUGUUAAAGCACCUAACUUUUUAUUAUCCAACAUAAGCGAAUGAAUCAAAAAGCAAAAUGUUAAGAAAGCCUGAGGCUACAGUUGAGUUUUAAUUUCAAUAUUUUAUAUACGCUAGAAUAUUCCACAGGGGGAUCCGAACUUUGAGGGAAAAACACACUAUCAUUGUUACACCUGGUAUACACUGACACUUAAUUGUUUAGCAGCAAUAUUAUUACAACGAUAUUCUUGAAGAAUAAAGCUAUAACAUACAAAAAAUCACUAAAAUCGGACAACAGGUUUACGAAAUACGAGACAUCAAAAAUGUCGCCUUUUUAAGGUGGUGCGUUAAUUUUGAUGCUUAGUAUAAAUAAGUAAAAUCGAUUAGUAUAACCUCAAAUACAAGACUGGUGGUGUUUCAUACAAUUACAACAUAAUACACAUGUAACACAAUCAAAAUCUCCUCUUUUUAGUUUUUAAACAGACUGUUGUUAGAUUUUGUUUAAAUUUUUUUUCUAACGUCUUUAUAAGACUUCAUUUUGUGAUCAGGACAUAUGUUGAGACCUUGUUGAGGACCCGCGUAAUGGGUUAGCUCCUGAGAUUCCUUUUUAGAACUAUUUGAAAAAAUGUGAUUUCGAAGCUCAGUUCGGAUCAGAUGUAGGUAAUAAACGCCUGCCUUUGAUUGUAUUUUUUUAUUUUUAGACUCUUAUUUUUUAUUUAUUGUGUGUCUUAAACAAUAUAAAUGUUAUUCCAUAUUUAACACUUCAUAGACGGAGAGGCAGCGCUGAAAAAUCUCUUUGAAUUUACUAAAGCUAAAUUUUUCACAGUUGAUUACUGUGAUUGUGUAGAGAAACAUACUGCGAAGGUAAUUAAAUCCAUUUACUAAGGCUGAAAAUCACUACACACAUUCUAAAUUGAAUAUAAAUAAAAGUUAUUAUAGUCGGUCAGCUGUAUGACGGGACAGAGCCGGUCGGUCGGCCCCAAUGAAUGUACAGGGUUAUUCACUAUAUUUUGACCCCCUUGUAAACUGCUUUAUUUACAGAAUUAGAAAAAAAUGUAAAAUACAAAAGUUAUUCGAUUUUUUAAUUAUGAUUUUUUGACAUAUAUAUCGUACUAGUGACGUCAUCCAUCUGGGCGUGAUAACGUAAUCGACUAUUUUUUAAAUGAGAAUAGGGGUCGUGGGCUAGCUCAUUUGAAAGGUUAUUCAAUUCUCUAUACAGUACUACAGGGUGAGUCAUGAGGCAUACAUACUCCUACCUCGUAUAGAGGCUCCUAUGGGGAAUAACAAAUGACCAUUAAAAAGUGUCUGCUCCCAUUGUUUAAUAAUAUACAGGGCGAGUUUCGCAUUUUGACAGAAAUUUGUAUUCGUCAUAAUUUUUGAACGGUCAGAUCGAUGUGUCUCUUAUUUUGGUCAAUCGUUACACUAUUACCACCUAAUCAGCUGAUUUAUUCAAACUAGAAAAAAUCAGGUCGGCCUUUAAAAAAUUAGUUCGUUUGGGUCUUAGAAAAAAUUUCACCCUGUAUACGCUUUUUGAAAACUCUAAUAUGAAUUUUACAAAUUAGACAAAUAGGCAUUUAAAAUGGCAUAUUUAUUUUUUUCCCCACACGAUUACUUAAUUUUUUAUAAAAAAAAAUCAAAUUUGACUAUGAAUUAAAAGUUUGGUAAAAUGAACCAUAGAUUUAAAAAAAAUAACUUUUAUUACAAAAAUUAAUUUUUUUCAAAAAAAUAUUUAAUUUAUGUUACCACUAAACUGAUUUAUUCAAACUAGAAAAAAAUCAGGUUCGGCUUUAAAAAAUUAGUUUGUUUGGGUCCUAGAAAAAAUUUCACCCUGUGUAAGCUUUUUGAAAACUCUAAUAUGAAUUUUACAAAUUAGACAACUGGCAAUUAAAAUGGCCUAUUUAUUUUUGUCCCUGGGAGCAGGUACCAUUACACACCACUUGAAUUACACAUAUGGUUUUCUAGGAAUCUUUUAUAACACAAGCUUUACAACAAAAUAUAUUUUCGUAGGGGUAUGGCAUACCGCAUGUCAGUGGUUAAGGGUAAGGGCUAAUACCAAUGUCAAAUGACAUUUAUUUUGGUGAGCAGAGUUUUAUUAUCAUUCUCAUCAUAUUAUGUAUUACUCUGAAUCGAAUGUUAUUUUUAUAUAUAUAUAUUUGGUGUUAGUAAAUAAGUAUGAAAAACUCUAAGGGGUAUUUUUUUAUAUGAAGAAAUAAUGGCAGUUUGCUCUAUAAACGUAUUUCCUCAAAUGCUUCGUUUUCGAGAUACAGGUUGUUGAAAUUUUUAUUUCAAACGGUCAAUUUUUUUAUUGCUCUAAGACCGGAAAUAAGCCACAAUUUUACUAAAAAAAAUGAUUUUAUUAACGUUUCGACGCCCAAAUCGGGUGUCGUUGUCAAAAUAUAAAAAAUAUUAAUGAAUUAAACAAAAAUUCUUCUAAUAAUUUAUUUAAUCUGACUCAUUUAUAUCGGCAAUUCAGACAUAUAUUAUACAUUUUAAAGUAGAAGACUUUAAAAUGAUAUUGCCAAUAUUUAUGAGUUGCAUUCCUGGGACGACUUUGUUGAAAGAUUCGAUUAUAUGAAAUCAACCCCAACAGAAUAUCCGUCACAAAAAAAUCAUGACUCUGAUCUGUCUUUAACAAGACAACCUUUAAAAAAUUCUCUAAAAAGAAUCUCUAGCGCGAGAAUUUUACUGUCACCAUUGCAUGCGGUUGUCUUUUUAAAGACAGAUCACAUGUCGUGAUUUUUUUGUGACGGAUAUUCUUGAGUUGGGGUUGAUUUCAUGUAAUCGAAUGAACUAUCUUUCAACAAAGUCGUCCCAGGAACGCAACUCAUAAAUAUUGGCAAUAUGAUUUUAAAGUCUUCUACUUUAAUAUAUGUCUUAAUUGCCGAUAUAAAUGAGUCAGAUUAAAUAAAUUAUUAGAAGAAUUGUUGCUACUAAGCAACAACAUUUUUGUUUAAUUCAUUAAUAUUUUUUAUAUUUUAACAACGAUUUGGGCGUCGAAACGUUAAUAAAAUCAUUUUUUUAGUAAAAUUGUGACUUAUUUCCCAUCAAAAAUAGUUAUUUGCAAAAAUGCCACAAGAAAAUAGUUUCAGAACAAUAUCUUUGGUGGGUUUUAAGAGGUAGUUAUUUCGAAAUUUUUUGACAAACAAAUAACAAUUGUGUAUUCAUCAUUGGCGCGCUUACGGAUAAUGGUCUGAAUUUUUUUAAAGAAAAAAAGGGUACUCCACUGAGAUAUUUCAAAUUAAAAAUUAUUCUUGUAUUCCACGUUUAAUUUAUGAAAAAUAACCUUUCUUGUAUUUUUUUCACAUGGUGCACCGUUUUUAUGCGAAAAAAUAAAACAUCUUCGCGCGUAUUUUUCAUUUCUUAAUACAUUUUCAAAACUCUCCAAUAUAAUAAUACCAAAGUAGAACAAUAACAGAAAAUAUUACUAAAAAGAUUUUAAUUAGGUGCAAAGCUACAACAAAUGUUCAAAAUUACCUCCUUUAAAGGUGACAGAAUAAUUUUAUAUUCACCAUUGGCGCUCGUACAGGUAAUGGUCUGAAUUUUUUAAAGAAAAAAAAUAGUACGCCACUGAGAUACGUCAAAUUCAAAAUCAUUUUUGAAGUCCUCGUUCAAUUUACGACAAAAAACAUUAUUGUCUUUUUUCCAUAUAUGGCGCCGUUUUUAUACAAAAAAAUAAAACAUCUUAACGUUUACAAAUUAUUCGAGGUAGAUUAUUUCAUAUGCAUAGAAACUUAUUUCAAAUACUUUGUAAAUGUUACGAUGUUUUAUUUUUUGCAUAAAAAACGGCGCCUCAUAUGAAAAAAAGACAGGAACGAAUUUUUGUCGUAAAUUGAACGAAGAAUUCAAAAAUGAUUUUUAAUUUGACAUACCUCAGUGGCGUACUAUUUUUUUCUUUAAAAAAAUUCAGACCAUUACCCGUAGGCGCGCCAAUGAUGAAUACAAAAUUGUAAUUUGUAUUUCAAAAAAUGCGCAAUAGCUACCUUUUAAAACCCACCAAAUUUAAUUUCCAUAGCUCAAACGGUCGUAGAGCAAUAAAAAAAUUCGCAGUUUGAAAUAAAAAUUUCAACACCCUGUAUCUCGGAAACGAAGCAUUUGCGGACAUACGUUUAUAGAGCAAACUGCCAUUAUUUUUCAUGUAGAAUUACCCCUUAAAAUUUUCAUACUUAUUUACUAACACCCUGUAUAAUCUGUUUUUUCUUCAAUAUGGUGGAUCCAAUGCUAAGUUGUAUGAGUUAGUGGUACUUUAAUGUGAUAAUUAUUUAUAUAUUAUUUGUUAAGUUCUAGAAGUAGGAUGUUUAAAUACAGUUUGUAUUAGUUGUGUUUCACAGGUCCGCUCUUUUGUUAAUAAAUAUAUUGUAAAAUAUAACGUUCCCAAGUA